GGGUGAUUCUCAUCCCAGAUUGAGUGAAUAGAAUGUUAAAUCGAUGUUCUGCUGGUCACACGGAAGUAUUUUAAAAUAGCUUUUCCUCGCCCCUGCUACAGAAAUGGGGGACUGGAUCGAUCUACCCAAGCCAAGCCAACCGAUGCUAUUCUGCUUGGAUUGACAGGCAGUUGGCUCUUCACUGCUUUCUUUCCACCCUAGCUAGUAGACUUUCACAACAAACACAACCAACUGGCUAAACUGCCCUCUACAAGGACCUCGUUAACCACCACAUCAUAUAUCACACCAAGGCAAUAAUACGCUUCGCUUUGCCCCAUCAGAUUCCAUAGACGGUAUCAUCUAGAGGUAGAACCUAGCUCGUUGGGUAGUAGCGCCAUUAUCCUCAUUAUACCCUUAUCCACCUGAUACCAUUAUCUACCAUUAUCUAUCAAUCACCAGAGCCAUGUCCACCAUGAGCCAUUCCACUGCUACCAUUGCUACAGAGUCUAAUAGAACGAUGAGCAGUAGUAUGAAAGAGAGCGAUUUAUUCUUUGAAGAAUCCCGCGAUUUGCUCUGCAUUUUGACGGGCACCAUGUUAGAAGAGCCAACGGCGACCACAGAAGAGAGAGCCCAAAGUUCCGCCGGGUUGGAUACCAGUGAGAUGGAAGGCAAGCAUGACACUACCACAAGCAAUACUACAAGCACAACAACUACAACAAGUAGACUCCGAUUCCACAAGAUCAACAAGGCGUGGCUACGGAUUCUUGGGUAUCCAUCGAAAGAGGAACUCUUGUCUACUCUUUGCUUUCAAGAUUUGCUGCAUCCGGAAGAUACCCUCGAUCUCACCAAGAUGCUCACGGAUUGUUGGCAAGCUCGACUUAGGUGUUACGAUGGGACUUAUCGAUGGUUCUGUUGGGCUGGAACUACCACUACUAGUACAACACAUACCAAUACAUGUAUGAUGAUCAUGGCCAAUGGCAGAGAUAUUACGUCCCAACGCAAAGUCCAAGAUGCCCUGGAAGCCAAUUCCCGUCGUCUCCAGGAAUCCUUAUCGAUUGCCAAAUUGGGACAAUGGGAACUCGAUUUGACCAAAAACAAACUCCAUUGGUCGGAAGAAUCCUAUCGACUGUUUCAAAUGGAUGAUCCCACUCAUUUUGAUCAUAGCUAUCAAUCCUUUCUCAACAUUAUCCAUCCGGACGAUCGAGAUAUGGUCAAUCAAACGUAUCUCGAACAUCUCGAAUCCCGACAACCCUACGAAGUCGUUCACCGACUUUUAUUGCCCGGAUCGUCCUCCGAUUCAUCCACCCCCAAAUGGGUCAUGGAAAGUUGUCGAUCGGAAUACGACGCCCAUGGCAAUCCGGUUCGGAGUAUUGGAACCGUCCAAGACAUUACCGAACUCAAACAAGCCCAAGUCGAUUUGAAAGCGGCCGCUACCAAAGCCAAAGAAGCCGAUCAACUCAAAUCCGCCUUUCUUGCCAAUAUGAGUCAUGAAAUACGAACUCCCAUGAAUGCCGUCAUUGGAUUUACCGAUCUCAUGCUCGUCGAUGAAACGGCCACCAUUCCCGAAGAACAUCGCGAUUAUCUCGAAACCAUUCAAAACAGUGGCAAAUUGUUAUUGACACUGAUUAAUGAUAUUCUGGAUAUCUCCAAGAUUGAAGCAGGACAAUUGGAAUUGGAAAACAAAGUCUUUUCAUUAGGAGAAAUGCUCAAGACGGUAGAAUACAAUGCCUGUGGUGUACUAUCCAGAAAGGAAGGAAAUGAUAUUUGCUUUAAAACGCCAAAUACCAUUCGCACACAAAAGAACUUUAGUUCUAGUAGUUCCACUACUAGUACGUCGCAGCAAACAUCCUCCAGAGAACCCGUACUCAUCAAGGGCAUUCAAGAUUCCCUUGUCGGGGAUCCCAAUCGAUUGCAGCAAGUCCUCAACAACUUGCUCUCCAAUGCUAUCAAGUUUUGUGACAAGGGUACGGUCGAAUACAGUGUCAAGUUGUUGAUGCGACCUACUGUCGGAGGGAUGCUCGAAUUCAGUGUCUCUGACACGGGCAUUGGGAUCCCACCCGAUCGACAACAAGAUAUCUUUGAACCCUUUCGACAAGCCCACGGCGACAAGGGAGCUUGUACGCUUGGGGGGACUGGACUCGGAUUGGCCAUUGCCCGGAAACUGGUCGAAAAAAUGAAAGGUGAAAUCUCUCUCGAGACUUCCGUAGAACCCGAAGAUCACGGCAGUACAUUUCGAUUCACCAUUCCCUACGCACCGGCCGAAAUCAUUCCGGCGGCUGCGCCCGCAAAAAACGCAAGCGGUGGUGCCGUGGGAUCGGCAUCCAACGUCCCAAAGUUGAUCGGCAACAUCCUACUGGUGGAUGACAAUCGAGUCAAUCUCAAAUUGGCCGAACGAUUCGUGACACGCAUGGGAUGUCAAGCCGAAACGGCCGAAAAUGGUCAUGUCGCCAUUGCCAAGUAUCAAUCCGACUUGGCAUUGCGAUACGAUAUCAUUCUCAUGGACAAGGAAAUGCCCGUCAUGGAUGGCAUCGAAGCGGUACGCGAGAUACGGCAGAUUGAAGCCACGGAGAAUCGGAAACGGAUUCCCAUUAUUGCCGUCACGGCGGCUGCCAUGGCGGGGGACCGAGAAGAGUGUCUCGACGCGGGAUGUGAUGAUUACAUCACCAAGCCUCUCAAUCGGAUAGAAUUGAAUACAAUGUUGGCCAAGUACCUCAAGAGCCGAUAA